AUGGCAUCAGCUUCCUGGCUCAAUCAGGAUUUCGGAGAUGAUGACGAAGAGUCUGACAAUGAAUUCAAUCCCGCGGCUGACGGUGGCUCUGAUGAUGAGGACGCAAAAGACUCAAAGCCUGCUGCGCUCAAACAACGCUCUUCCUCCUCCCCUCGUCGUUCCGCCUCUCCAAGAAAACACAAGCGAAACAUUGAAGAAGACGAUGACGAUGAUGUGAACCCUUCCGGAAAUGGAGCCCGCGACCUGAAUGAUGAUGACGAUGGGAAGGAAGACAUCGAUGACGCGCUGCGCGAUGACGAAGACGAAGAAGACGAGGAGGAAGACGAAGAUGAGGAAGUCAUAAAUCGACCUCGAAAGCGCAGGCGGAAGGGUCUCAACCAAUUUUUUGAAGAAGAGGCUGAAGUUGACGAAGAUGAUGAUGAGCUGGAAGCCGACGAAGAAGAUCUUGGCCCCGAGUUCAUUCAAGAUACCCACCCUGAUGAUGAUCUGCCACCCGAAGCUGAUCAAGAUGACCGAAGACAUCGAGAAUUGGAUCGCCAGCGACAAUUGGAAGCUUCCAUGGAUGCAGAGAAGCAGGCUGCAGCUUACAGAGAAAGAUAUGGUCGCAGAACAACUACCGCACUCAGUACCAGCUCUUUUGUCCCACAGAACCUUCUCAUGCCCGAUGUUAAUGACCCAAGUAUUUGGGGCGUCAAGUGCAAGCCUGGCAAGGAAAAGGAGAUCAUCAUUCGGCUCAUGAAGAAGUACAGCGACUCGCUGAAGAGUCGAAAUCCGAUGCGAGUGUGCUCAUUCUUUGAACGAGGUGACGGACCAAUGGCUGGAUACAUUUUUGUUGAAGCUCGAAGGAAGCUUGAUGUCGACGACGCACUUAAUGGCGUGGCAGAUGUCUACCCUCGUUCCAAAGUGAACCUCGUCCCAGUCAAGGAGAUGCCGGAUUUGUUGAGAGUCAACAAGACAAAAGAAUUAGAGGUCGGAGGUUAUGUUCGUAUCAAGAGAGGCAUUUAUACCGGCGACCUGGCAAUGAUUGAAGAUGUCGAAUCCAACGGUCUCGAUGUCAAUGUUCGACUGGUACCCCGAUUGACCUACGGUAUGGAGGAAGAUCAAGGACGUCCAAAUGCUGAUCCCAAACGCAAACGUCCCAACGGCUUCGGCGCACCACCCAUCAAUCUUGCCAAUCGACCUCCUCAACGUCUCUUCAAUGAAAACGAAGCCAAGAAACGCCAUGAACGAUUUCUAUCACAAAAUCGAGGCUUGAGCAAGAGAAGUUGGGUCUACAGGGGUGACACCUACAUAGACGGCUUCUUGGUGAAAGAAUUUAAAUUACAGCAUCUCAUCACAGCAGAUGUCAAUCCCCGACUUGACGAAAUCACCAAACUUACCAGGACGGCAGACGAUGGUUCGGAGCACCUUGAUCUGGAAACCUUGGCUCACAGCUUGCGGAAUGGCAAUAUAGAGGGUAGCUAUCUUCCCGGUGAUGAGAUUGAGGUAUAUGAGGGUGAACAGAGAGGUAUUGUCGGUCGGAUUGAAGCAGUGACCGGCAACAUCAUCGCCAUUAUGGUUUCUGAGGGUGAACUCACUGGUCAGCUUGUUGAAGUACCCGUCAAAGGUGUGCGGAAACGCUUUAGUGAGGGCGACAACGUUAAGAUCGUUGGCGGCAGCAAAUAUCGCGAUGAAGUCGGCAUGGUUCUGCGGAUCAAAGACGACAAGGUCACGGUACUCACCAAUACAAGCAAUGAAGAGAUCACCGUGUUCAGCAAGGAUUUGCGAGAAGCUACGGAUGCUGGUGGAGGUGGAGCGGGUGCCAGCAAGUUUGACGUGCAGGAAUUGGUCCAAAUUGAUCCAACAACUGCCGGUAUCGUGAUUCGAGCGGAUCGCGAAUCCAUUCGUAUACUCGAUCAGAAUGGUUCAGUCACAACAAGAAUUCCUUCUCAAAUCUCGACGAUCGAGCCUCGCAAGAACACAGUUGCAACUGACAAGAACGGUGCAGAGAUUCGUGUUGGUGAUGUGGUGAAGGAAUCCGGUGGCGAGGCGAAAAGUGGUUCAAUCCUUCACCUUCAUCGAGGAUAUGUUUUUGCUCACAACAAAUUGGGGAUUGAGAACUCUGGCCUGUGGGUAAAUCGAAGCAGUAACGUCAUUACCACCGCCGCCAAAGGUGGCCGUAUAAACGCGCCAGCAACAGACCUUUCCAAGAUGAAUCCUGCCUUGCAAAUGCGAAAUCGACCUGAUCAGUCUAUGGCUCCUCCUCAACGCCCUGGACGUGAUCCGCUCCAAGAUCGCUUAGUUCACAUCAACAAGGGUAUUUAUAAGGGCACACGUGCUAUCGUCAAGGAUACCACGGUUUCAGAUGCCAGAUUGGAGCUACAGACAAAGAACAAGGUUAUCCAACUUCCCAAGGACCACCUUUCCAUCAUCGAUGCCAACACCAAUAACAAAACCAAAUACGAGGAAUGGAUUAGGAUGAGAGGUGGUGUACCAGCCAUGCGUUCAGGGCAAGGAGCUCCAGGUUCUCGUGUUCCAGAUGGUGGAUUUAGCGGAUUUGGUGGACGAACACCCAUGCCGAUGGGAGAUGGCGGUAGAACACCAGCUUGGGGAUCGACAUCUCGAACUCCAGCUUGGAAUGGACCAGGUGGCUCAGGACUCGAUUCCAGUCGCACACCAUCCUGGAAGGCACCAUCAGGUUCCCAGACCUCAUAUGGUGGUGGAGGCAUGACCUCUUAUGGAGGCGCUGGAAAUAUUGGUACUACCGGAAGUCGUACUCCAGCUUGGAAUUCCGGAGCAAAGACACCUUAUGGCGCAGGUGGUGACGGCUUCGGUAACACGAAUUCUGGGUUUGAUGCCUUUGGCGCAGGUUCAAGGACACCAGCAUACAAUCCAUCAUCAUCACGUACGCCAGCGUGGAAUGGUCCUGGUAAUGCAGCAUCAGCGCCCACGCCUGGUGCACGACCAUACGACGCUCCCACCCCGGCAAUAUCUGCACCUACCCCGGCCCGAUUUGACGACGAUGCAUACACUCCUUAUCUUGCAGCACCUACUCCCGGAGCCGCUCAAGAUGCACCGACCCCAGCUCCGAACUUUACAAAGAACGCAAACAAGGAGCCGCUAAAGCAUAACCGCCUGCAGGCAUUCGAUGCACCAACACCGGCUGCGAGCGCUCCCACUCCAUAUGCUUCUGGUGCAUUUGACGCUCCAACGCCAGCAGCCGGUGGACCUAGAUACGUCGACGAUGACGACGAGGAUUAG